GUAUCGUAUUGUGUAUUUUCGUGUCCAUCAAUAUGCAUUACAUAACGGUUGCGGAAUACGAAUCUCCUGGAACAGUAACUUGCAAAAUACAGGGUCUACGUGCAGAAACUUCUAGAGAGCUGGUUAAUCAUCUCGCAACAAAAAAUAUUAUUUACAGUAGUGAACACGAGCACAAAGCUUUCUUCGAGAUGGACACCCAAGGUGUUGAUGUCUUGAACCUGUUGUGCAACUCUUUCUACAAUUACAGAGUAAUAUGUCAGUCUACCGUUAUUGAAGUGUCCAACAUUGGUGGACGAACAGACAAGGUGCAAAAAACAAUGUGGACUCUCGGGAAGAAGUGAAACUAUCGGAUUAAUAUGCAAUAAAUGUUUAUUAAUAAAAUUACAUUGUCCAAAACAAACUAA